CACGUGAGCGUCGCCAUGGUGCCAAAUGACUCUGACAUUGGCUACAUGCUACUAUGCUUCUGCUGUGAAAACCGAGAUGAGCGGCAAGACUUGUCUGCUUCUUGGAGCGACUGGUGUCGGGAAAACGCUGUUACUGAAACGUCUACAUAAGCUCAGUUUGCAUGGAUUUGGUGAACUGGGGGCACCUCCUUCUACUCUUCCUACAGUAGGAACCAACCUGACAGACCUCACGCUGAAGAAGAAGAAGGUGACGUUAAGAGAGCUGGGAGGCUGCAUGGGCCCCAUAUGGCCGAGUUACUUCACAGACUGUUCCUCUGUCAUUUUCAUGGUGGACUCGGCCAACAUUGCUCAGAUAUCCUCCUCCUGUAUCCAGCUGCUGUCAAUACUUUCUGCCGAGCCUCUGCACGGCGUCUCUGUGCUUAUUCUCUUCAACAAGAGGGACAUGCCUUGCACUAUGAGUCUUGUAGAGAUCAAAUCUCUGUUCAGAAUGGAUGACAUCGUUGCAUCUGCUACUCAGCCAAUCACAACACUGGAACUCAGUGCCCACUCCGGACAAGGACUUCAGGAGGUGUUAAACUGGCUGGAGUCCAUCACAGUAAAGUGAACUAUCGUACGUCUGUACCUUUUAUACUGUGAUACUACUCGCACCGGGAUUCAAACCAGCGAGAAAGACUGUUCACACACUAGUCUGAUUGAAUGAUGUGUUUAGUUUUGAACUCGCUGAAAAGUGGCAAGACAAGAGGUGACAAGAAGAACUGUAAAUGCUGAAUCUUUGGUACUAUAUAAAUAUGGUGACCGUUCACGAGGGUCACUGGGAAAGAAGAUGAAUAUAUCAUGGCAGGAUGGAAUGAUUAUAUACAUACAUUUUACCAUCUGAUAAAUCAACAAUAAUGCAGGACUUACCUGCAGAUAACGCUGAUUCAAUUGGUCGCUUUUACUAAUUAAAUUUCAGACACAUAAACAAUGGAUUGCAAGGAUUCAUAAUGACUCUAUAACACUGGGAAAAACCUCAUGUUCCUAUUACGUGAACACAGUUUCAGUUUUACUAACAAGUCAUUCGUGAAAAACAGAAACGACUAGAGCAGUAGUUCCCAAUGUUUUUCCUCAAGGAACCCCUUUUUUUAUCAUUGGUUAAAAACUGACAACCCCUGACUUAGUAUACAGAAGACACAGGGCAAAUGUUUUUUUGUUUUUUUAAAUAUACAGUUAAUCCCCCCAGAAGAGUUUGUCUAUUGAGUAUGAUUGGUGUAUGUGAUGCAUCAUCACCAGCAGGGGGCAUAAAGUGCACAAUAAAUACUGCAACUGGGCGUGUGCCUGAGUUGUGAUGAUUUCAUAUCAAAUGUAUUUAUCACAGGAAAUGAGA